AUGGGCCAAGAUUUCAAGUGGGUCUCCAUAGACAAGGCGGAAUCAAAGGGAUGCGGCUGCAAGUACGGAGAGACGGUAUACGACCCGCAUGAAGACGUGAUGCUCCGACUCCUUGUGCCUCCUUCACCAAUGGAAGUGCGAACACAGGACGAGAGAUCCCUGGGACGCGAUGGAUUAGAGGACCCUGGUUCUUCUCCUGGUGACUGGGCUGGAAGUCGUAUUCUCUUUCUCGGCGACUACUCGGAAACGAUGCCACCCGACUCGAUUUGCGACCCGGAUCUCGACGUACUCGCAGAAAUGCCCCAGGGGAACUCCGAGAGCGACAGAGACUCAGAGGACGAAGAAAACGACGAAAGCGGUGAAAAAGAAUUCGUAUAUCUUGUGUAUCGGCGUUCACGUCGGGUUCAACGAAUCUACAUCCACUGGAGAGCGAUUCACGAAGACAGUCUCUGGAUCCUACGCAAUUUGAACAAGAAGCUUUACAUACGAUCCAAUGGCGUCCCCACAUUCAACGAGUCGAGUCCGAUGCGCUACGGGAACAAGAGGUUUGGUGUCGCUCCUCACUUGGGCCAGGUGUUGCUCGCGCGCUGUGCAUGGUCAAGCGACGGAUCAUGCUCGAUGGGGUACGAAGGAGAGCUUAAUUUGACUGAAGGAGAUUGGGCAGGGGACCGGUUUGACAUCAGAGCUUUUGAAGAGGUAGCAGAAGAGCUUCAUCAAGAAGGAUGGGAGGAUGUCACUCGGACCCUGGCCAGGCAAAUCUACGACAUAUACAGAAGCGAUUUUGGCGACUCCAUCGGAGAAUUUUUGGAGGAACCAGAUUACGACAGCGAGGAUGAGGACCAGCGAUAA